GAUCUGCUGAUAGACACAGAACUCGUCAACUGCCUAUGAAGUAACAUGACGCGUGGACGCGCAAGGAAACCCCAUUGGCGAGGAGACCAGAAAACACAUAACACCGGAAAACUCAAACUACGGUGGGUCACCGAACUGUCACUCCUGUCAAAGCCGGACUAAUGGGACUGUGACUUGACAGUAGUUUGGCUCGUGUUCGCGUUAACUAGAGCAGAGGACAGAGACAGUUAAACCGUGUGUCCGUGUCGUAGACUCGCUGAUAUCACGCUAGCAUCUCCAGCUUCAUUAGCCUAGCCCCGGCUAGCAAGCUAACGAGCUGAUGUAGCAGGGAGUACAUUCAACAAAAUGCAGCGGGGACUGGUUUCUAGUGACCUUUUUUCAAAUUGUGUCACAAUUUCCUCAUGUGGCCUCAGACACUUGCUAUGAAAUGUUAUGGUCGUUAAGUAGUGACAGCUUUGACAAGGUGAAGUGGCAGACGAGGAGGCGUCAGUGUGGUCGCUCAGAUAAGUUAUGAACACUCUCAACAUUACAACCAGUAGUGAAGGCUCAGAAAGCGUUAACGCUACCAACAACAACAACGAGGAAGAGUGGGAUUUGGGAAGCGAUGUGUUUCCGUGCUGUCACGAGAUGAGUCCAAUGGACGAUGCGUUGCAGGCGGAUAUGUCCUCAGUCCAGACGGGACUGGACGUACAGCUGCCCCUUAUCCAUGCCGGCCAGCACAGCUCCCAGGACGGCUUGCUGUUGGACCUCAGUUCCCCGGGAACCUACCUCGACAGCAACUCCCCUGAGUACAACAGCAGCAACAACGCUGGUCCAUUGUUUGAGAAGAGGAAGAGGUCGAGGUCCAACAGCUCCAGACACCGCUUCAACGAGGUGGUGACGGAGCUGGGAGCCGAGGAAGUGCGGUGGUUUUACAGAGAGGACAAGAAAACUUGGAAGUCCUUUGUCGGACACGACUCGCUAAACAUCGAACGCAUGUUUCGGAAAUAUUGCGAGCUGAACCCUAAGGACGAAAGACCCAAAGAGGUCAGAGACAAGGAGGUUGAGUACAGUGGACUGAACGGUGCAGUGUCGGUGGAGACGGGAACCAGCAGUGAGCACGAAGGCCGUGGUUCUCUGGACAUGUCCACCGUGUCAGAUGAAAGGGACCCUGACGGCAUUGAAAUUAGUGUUGAGACUGUGUGUGUCCGAGGAGGGCUCUAUGAAGUGGACAUUAAAGAGAGGGAAUGCUAUCCUGUUUACUGAAACGUGAAACAAGAUCACAUUCCAGUAAUGAGGGGUCAGUGGUUUAUUGAUGGUACCUGGCUGCCAUUAGAAGAAGAGGAGAGCGACCUCAUUGAACAGGAGCACUUGAACCAUUUCCGUGGACAACAGAUGCAGGACACGUUCGAGACGGAUCUGGUGGUGAGGACCGUCGAUAGCAAAGAUGUUCUCUCCCACCUGCCUCCUUUCUACCUCCCUUUUCUGUUCAAAUGGAGUGGAUAUCAGAGGAGUGCUAGAACCACAUGUCACAAGCGCAAACGUUGUCAAGCCAUUCACAGUCUGAAGUUGAGCCGAACCCAUGUGGAUUGGCACAGCGUGGACGAGGUCUACCUCUACAGUGAUGCCACCACUUCCAAAAUUGCCCGCACGGUCACUCAGAAACUGGGAUUCUCUAAAGCCUCCAGCAGUGGUACACGGCUCCAUCGUGGUUAUGUUGAGGAGGCCUCACCGGAGGACAGGCCCCCUCAGACAACCCACGUCGUCUUUGUGGUCCAUGGGAUUGGACAGAAGAUGGACCAGGGACGUAUUAUUAAAAACACUGGAAUGUUGAGGGAGGGUGUAAGAAAGAUGGAGGAGAAGCACUUUUCAGAGAACACCGAGGAACAUGUGGAGUUCCUGCCGGUCGAGUGGCGCUCCAAACUCACUCUGGAUGGAGAUACGGUAGACUCAAUCACACCUGACAAAGUGAGGGGACUAAGAGAUCUCCUCAACAGCAGUGCAAUGGACAUCAUGUACUACAACAGCCCCCUUUACAGAGAUGAGAUUACCAAGGGACUGACACAGGAGCUAAACAGACUGUACACACUUUUUUGCUCCCGGAAUCCGGGGUUUGAAGAGCAGGGAGGAAAAGUGUCCAUAGUGUCUCACUCCCUCGGCUGCGUCAUCACCUACGACAUCAUGACAGGGUGGGACCCCGUGCGCUUCUGCCUGCAGGAGCAUCAUGCUGUGGAAGAGGAGCUGGACCCGCGCUGGAUGUCCUAUGAAGAGAGACACAUUUUAGAACAGUUACGCAUGACGAGGAAUAGGUUGCGGGUACUGGAAAAUCAGCUCCUCACACUGGAGGCCUCCAGACCAUCAGCACCUCCAGCCCUUAAGUUUAAGGUGGAGAACUUUUUCUGCAUGGGUUCUCCUCUUGCAGUGUUCUUGGCUCUGAGGGGUAUCCGCCCUGGAAGCAGCUGCCACCAGGACCACAUCCUUCCAACCUCCAUCUGCAGCAGACUCUUCAAUGUCUUCCACCCAACCGACCCUGUGGCCUACAGACUGGAGCCCCUCCUUCUCAAACACUAUAGCAAUAUCUCUCCUGUUCAGAUACACUGGUGUAGUGCCACAAUCCCCACAUCCUACGAGGAGAUCCGGCCAACCUUCCUUAACCCCGUCAAAGAGCCAACAUCUGACACCGAGAGCAUUCCCAGCCCGAGCACUUCCCCUGUCCUCCCCCGCAGGCACUAUGGAGAAUCCAUCACCAGUCUCGGCAAGGCCAGCAUUCUGGGGGCGGCGAGCAUAGGAAAAGGAAUUGGAGGCAUCCUCUUCUCACGUUUCUCGCGCUCCAACAGUCAGCCUUCAGUGUCUUUAGGACUCGAGGGAGUGGCAAACCCUGAGGAAGAUGAGCAGAAACGGGCAGAAAGUCAGUCCGCCUACGGCCUCUCCACCAUGACUCGACCCACCUCGCCGACCAACGACUCGUCAUUGGAGCUGGAGCGGCGCAUUGACUUUGAGCUCAGAGAAGGUCUGGUGGAGAGUCGCUAUUGGUCAGCAGUCACAUCACACACAGGCUACUGGUGCUCACAUGAUAUAGCACUCUUCCUGUUGACUUUCAUAUACAAGCAGAGGUCGGCCUCUGACCCAGCAGAAGACGCUCCAGAUCCAGAAUGAGUCAGCACAUCAAUUAUAACUCAUACACUUGAAUUGUGUCUUCUAAUCACGAAAGGGUUUGUCAUAUUCUUUUCAAGACACAGAAAUAGACUUCAGUCGUUUAUUUUUCAUGCACACAAACUGGUUAAACACACGUUUCUUUAUCUCCCUGCGAUCCAGCUUUUUUUUAAAUAUUUGGAAAUCAUUAUUGACAAACUAAUGUCGUUCCAAGAUGUGCACUGUUUAGUUUGUACACAAUCGUGCACCCUAAGGGUGACAAUGAUGCACCAGGAACCCCUGUGGAGGUGAACCCUUUUACCAAUAUGGACAGAUGUUAUAUGUAUAUAAACAAUGAAAGUCUAAUGAGUUUGAUGCAUAGGACUUUUUUGCACCCAGUGAAGAGAGUUCUGACUUUUUCCCUCAGCCUGGUAGUGAAGUUUCCUUAAGUUUACUGAUAUUUAAUAAUGCUUCACCCAACCUCCAUUCCAAUGACUGAUUUUGAAGCCUUGUGACACACUUGCCUGACCCUCUCUCUCUCUCUAUCUAUCUAUGAUCAUAGACUUUUAGUUCUGUUCUUUUCUUUGACAUUUAGCAGAAAUAAAUAGAACUGUCGAAACGAGUAGAUCUUUAAAAAUAAACUUUUAUUUAUGAGAUUUCAUGAAACAUGCUAUGCUAACAAGCAAAUCAUAUGCCUUUCUGUAUUAGCCAAACUUACUGUUUUUUUUGUUUGUUUGUUUUUUUACAAAACUUGAGUUAUUAUUAUUUAUAGCAUUUUAGAAAUAUGAAAACAGACUUUCAGUUUUUAGUUUGUCUUCCUCUAUGACACGAUUGCCUAUCAUUUAACAAUACCUAAUUAUAACAGAUAGUUACAGCUGAACACACAUACAGGACUUUUAUUACUUUACAUUUGACAUAACGUUUACAGUCACGUUACUCAUGUUCCAUCGAUUCUUAAACAGGGAGUGGGCAUUUAUAGUUAUUUUUUAACACAGUUUAUGUCUCUCAGUCAGUUAAGAUCUCUCAAAGAUGUCAUUGCUAGACAAGAGGUCUCACUCGACACAAUCUCAUCUCACUCAACAAAUCUGCGUGUCUUUCUAUGCGGGAUGAGGCACGGAGGAGGUAGUAAAGUUUGAUGUAUUUAUUUCUUUUAAAAAAGGAAUAUGUAUAUGUAUAUACAUAUAUUUUUCCUAAUGAUUUUCAGGCUCUUGUGGGCAUAAAUAUGAUUCCCAUCUUGGGAUAAUGGGAGUGAAACUUGUGGCCAAAUGCAUGUGUCUAGCUUGUCGUCUGCUCCGCUUUAGUAAUGCUAAGGCUAAUUUCACAAUGUCAUGAACACAACAUUGGCCUCCAGUAGCUCCAAGUAGCUCUAGCUAAUGAAAACACUCAAAGGUAAAUUGUUGCCCCCUAUUGUGAAUUGAUCACUUUCUCACAGUUUUGAGAAAUAGAUAUGGAUUUUUUUUAUAUAUAUAUAUAAAAAAGGUUGGCUUUAGUUUUAAAAUUUCCAGCAACUAAAAAAAAUAUGAUCACCUAAUUGACCUAUUUUUUUUUUUUUUUUUUUAAACAUUACCAGUUAUCUGGUUAUUAUGGCCCUGAUUAGAAAGCAUUAUCUGUUUGCAUUGUGUCAUGUUAAUAGUAAAUGGAUAUUUGGGGGCAUUGCAGAGCGUGCCAACACACACCUAAAUGACGUGUUUUGUGGUCUUAAUUGAGUAGAAAAAUUCCUUUUGAUUGUGUAUGGAUGUCUAAUGAGAUCAUCUAUGACAUGGUUGCAAUGGAUAAAGACGCAGAACCAAACUUAAGAUGGAUAUUAAUAGACUUACAUUUGAGUGCUGUCAAGUGUCAAAUUUCCUUUGGGCUCUUACUCGUUAUAUCACAAAUAUAAAAGAGUGUGUUUUAAUGUGUUGAAAUGCAGGCUGCUGCUUUUGAGGCAACACAAUCAAGGGCUUUUAGGGCUUUCAGUUCAUUCUUCUUCAAUGUGUGUGUGUAAUGCGUGCAAAGGCCUACUGACUGAACCAGGCUCCCCUUUAAACUGACCACGCAGACCACGCAGUCGUACAAAAGAAAAGGGAGAUGGAUAUGAAAGUAUUUCUAUAUGGAUGGAUCUUGCACAUUUAUCAGCUAAGAAUUGCACAGAAAUUAUAUAGGAAGUCUAAUGCUGUUUUUUUUAAUUUAUUUUCAUUUUGCAUGUUAUAUCGCAGCAAAGUCAAGAAAAUUGAACACUGAAUGCUAUUAACCUUGAAAACCUUAGACAUGCAAUGCAAAAUACAAAAAACAGAUCUCUGGUUGCCUCUGCAUCUCAAAAUCACACAGUAUGGAUUCAGACGCACUCUGUAGGAGAGGGUGUGAGGACAGACCUGUGUAACAGUGACAAAAAUGUUCCUGCCCGUGUUUGUGAUUGACUGUGAGUUUCCAAAAUAUCUGUGAAAUUUGCACUUUUUCCCAUGUGAGCAAUUCUUGAUUUUAGCACAGGUGUUCCAGUGUCACUCUGCAUGCUAAACAUUGAUUAAAAAGCAAGAAAACUGGAUAAAAUUGAAGAUAAUCAAGGAACCUUUAAAUGCACAUUCUGAUUUAUGACUUUAUAUUCUUUUUUUUUUUUUUUGUUAAAGAUAUGACGAGCAUCAGGGAAACGUCCACUGUAGAUUAUGUAAAUACAAUGCUUUUUUGACACCAGUUUGAAGCCAUUAUGAAGUCAAAUGUACAAGUAAUGUCACACACGUGUUGUUGUAAAGUUGAUAAAGAAGGGUCUGCAGCCAUAUUUACACUCAUUGACAAAGACAAACGCACACUGUGGGUGUUUUGAAUGAAAUGUGUUGAACUUUAUGUAUGUUACCAUUGUUAACUUUGAAUGGAUCUGAAAUUGUUUUUGUUUUUUUGUGUCCAUUCUUAGAGCUGUGCAAUAACCCAUGCCUGUAAUGGAUUCUAACUGCCAUCCAAAGCAUUGUAUUUAUUUCCUUUUAUUAAAGUAUUUCCUCAUUUUUUGUUUUGGA